CAAAAGUGAUUUGGUGUCAGAGAGAGGUGUUUAAUAAUGAAAUUUUGCUGAGAAGCGGAUAAGAUAUAUGCAUUCGCUUCGAAACCAUUAGCUAAAAGCAUGUCCUCUCCGUUUGCUUCUUCCCUUCUCGCCAUAGAUGGGUAGAGCCUACUGUGCUCACCAAGUAUGAUGAUGUCUCUGCGUACGUACGGAUCUCCACUUCCGACCAGAUACUCGCGGCGGCGACCCGUCAAUGGCUGCUCUAACCACCCAGUUUCGCGCCAAAUAGUCACCGAGGAACUGCCGAUUUCAACGUACAAUCGUCGGAUUCGCUAUCGCUGCAGAACAGGCGGAAUCGACGAAGCGAUGUCUCUCCUGGCCAAAUUGGAUUCGCUCGGCUCCCAACCCGAUCCUCUUUCCUACGUUACUUUGAUCGAAACUCUCUCUGCUCUCGGGAGGACUCUCGAAGCCGAUGCUCUUUUCCAAGAAGUGAUUCGAUCCGGUCUCCAUGGAAGCUACCCCCUGAGGUUCCACAACGCCUUGCUCGGCGGCUACUUGAGAAAAGGCCAGCUCGCGUUAGCUCUUAGGGUUUUGGAUCACAUGCAACUUGAAAACGUUGAGAAGAAUCAAGAAACGUGUGAGGUUCUCUUGAACUAUUACGUUAGCGCUGGGAGAUUGGAGGAAUCGUGGCGUGUGGUUAAUGAGAUGAAGAAGAGGAAGUUUCCUUUGACUUCUUUCGUCUAUGGGAAGAUCAUACGUAUUUACAGAGACAAUGGGAUGUGGAAGAAAGCGUUAGGGAUUAUCGAAGAGAUUUGCGAGAUUGGUUUGCCUAUGGAUGUGGAGUUAUACAACAGCAUCAUCGAUACGUUUGGUAAGUACGGAGAGUUAGAUGAAGCGUUACAGGUCUUGCGGAAAAUGCAGAGUUCUCAUGAUUUUAAGCCGAAUAUUAGUACUUGGAACUCGCUUAUACGGUGGCAUUGUCACCACGGUGCGGUCGAUAAGGCGCUUGAGCUGUUCACGAUGAUGCAGGAUCAGGGGCUUUAUCCUGACCCUAGGAUGUUUGUGAAGCUUAUAGCGCGGUUGGGAGAGAAAGGGAGCUGGAACAUGAUAAGUAAAAGUUUUGAGUCCAUAAAGUGUAAAGAAGAUAGAAGAGAUACGAGAGCUAUCUAUGCAGCUUUAGUUGAGAUUGUUGGACAGUUUGGGAGUUUCCAGGACCCCGAGGAACUUGUGGGUAGACUCAAGUCGGAAGGUGUCGCUCCUUCAGCUAAUAUCUUUUGUACUUUGGCUGAUGCAUAUGCUCAACAGGGACUAUGCAAACAGACCGUAAAAGUGCUAAAGAUGAUGGAGAAGGAGGGCACUGAACCAAAUUUGAUUAUGCUGAAUGUUUUGAUCAAUGCGUUUGGAAAUGCUGGGAAGCACAUGGAAGCUCUAUCUAUUUAUCACCAUAUUAAAGAAAGUGGAUUCACCCCCGAUGUGGUUACCUAUAGUACACUUAUGAAAGCAUUCACUCGAGCAAAGAAGUAUGAAAAGGUUCCAGAAAUAUUCAGGGAAAUGGAAGCAUCUGGGUGUAGUGCAGAUAGGAAAGCAAGACAACUAUUGCAAAAUGCUCUUAUGGUUCUCGACAAAAGACAUUAACUAUUUGGUGCCUCAACCUCAGAUCCGUUUUGGAAAAAAAGGGCUCCUUCAACCCUCACAGUGGAGAAAGGUACCCUUUAUGGAGGGCAUUGUACAUUUGUACUAGUAGAUGAUCACCGAACCAAUGUAUUUCCAAAGUAUGAAUUGGCUGGCUGUGUGCAUCUUCCAACUUUUGAGGCUUCAAUGAAAAUUCAGUCAGAAUCUGUAAUCGCUAUUUGGGAAUACUGAAGUAUCAUAUCUGGUUUGCUCUGGUGAUCGUUAGGAAUUAAGUUAAACAAUUGUAUUCAGAUGUAUAUAAGCUUUGUACAGAUUGUGUUUGUAAUUCAUUGUUUUUCCUAAGCACAUGCACACUUUAGAGUCGAUAACGAAACUGAAACAUUUCUAAGCUCAAAUGAGUUCUACCUGAUCUGACUUUA